UACCAGAAACUCGAUUCGAGUCUAUUGUUUACAUUACUAAAUACCUGGAUAUUUGGACAAAAAUAAUUAUUAAUUAGCAAAAUAAGUAAAAAACUACCGUGCUUUUAAUCUAAUAUGGGCCAGGGCAAAAGCCAGUUCACGGAGGAAGAACUACAGGACUACGAGGAUCUAACAUAUUUUACUAAAAAGGAAGUACUCUAUGCCCAUCAAAAGUUCAAAGCCCUGGCCCCGGAAAAGGUAGGCCACAACAAAAAUGCCAAGCUGCCAAUGGCCAAAGUCCUCCAAUACCCUGAACUCCGAGUGAAUCCAUUCAGAGACAGGAUAUGCAAAGUUUUCAGCUCCAGUAAUGAUGGGGACUGUACAUUUGAAGAUUUCCUGGAUAUGAUGUCAGUUUUCAGUGAAAAUGCUCCCAAGGCUGUAAAAGCUGAACAUGCAUUCAGGAUUUUUGAUUUUGAUGGUGAUGACAUGAUAGGUGUAUCAGAUCUGCGUGAGGUGAUUGAGCGCCUGUGCGGUUCAGAACUCAAGCUUAGUGACUCUGAAAUACAGCAGCUAGUACAGAGUGUUCUAGAGGAAGCAGACCUUGAUGAUGAUGGGGCCCUGUCCUUUGCCGAGUUUGAACACAUUAUUGACAAGAGCUCAGAUUUUUGCCACUCCUUCAGAAUAAGACUGUAAAGAAUAUAAGAGCUAAUACUCCUGUUUGUUGUAAGUGAGCAAAUUAAUGCUGGAAUGUUUAAUUGUGAUAAUAUAUUGCAAGUUGAUGGACGGAGCCAUACUAGCCAAACUAAGUGUUAUAAAGACACUGAAUUAGUGUUAUAAAGACACUGAAUUAAGAAGCUUGAAAAAUUAAGAACUAACUUACUGAAACCCACUAAAUCCAAAAAAAAAUCUUUUCGUAACCACAUAUUGAACAUGUUUUCUCUGUUCUUGAGAUGAAUAUCACUGCCAUUAGUCUAAAGAACCAGUUCUAGUAAUAAAAGAUUCAUCAUCAUCCUCAUUUCAACCAAUCUCUCUGUAGGUAGGUCUUUUGGAUGGAUGUGGAUGGAUUGUGGAUGGAUGAUUAAUUUCCCUUAAUGUUGUCUGCCCACUCAGUGGGUCUACCAACAAGGUAUUUUCCAGUAUGGGGUCUAAAAGAAUAGUAACAUAUAUAAGAGAAGGUAGAAGAUAUAAAAGAAAGAACAGAAUUGGUACUAUCUUAUAUUUUAAGAGUAUCUCAGCCAGUUGCUCACCUAGGACAAAUCUAAGUUAAGUCUAUAUUCAAAUCUCAAACGCAUCUCACUUUUAAGACUUGAUGUUUUAUUAUAAAAAUGUUCAUAUGAACACUAAAGUGUAGUGUCUUCCUUAGUUAAUUUUUGUUUAGUCAAAUCUAUGAAUGUUUAUCCUCUCAAUAUAUUGUGUUGUGAUGUAUUUGAAUUUUAUAAAAAUCUUUACUUAUUUUGUUUGUCAUGUAUUAUAAAUUGUAUUGUACUCAAUGAACUGCCAAAUAUUUGAUAAGAUUAUAUUGUUUAGUGAAAGCUUAGUUUUAAUGAA